AUGGAUAAGGUCGAGUACUGUGCAAAGGUAGAAAAUCUGUUGAUGGACGAGGAUUCGUACGUGCCAUCGACUGUCAACGAGUUCAAGAAACUCAAAAAUUUCAUAAAUAAGACGAUCGACAAGUUAAGAAAGACAGGAGCCCUCACGAGAAGGGAAGCGCUGGCUGUAAAAGCCAUAGAUGUUGCAAUGGCCCGUUUCUAUGGCCUACAAAAGCUGCACAAGCCCAGAGUGCCCUUACGCCCCAUCGUACCCUCACGUAACACCCCAACUGUUGGGUUGUCAAAGUGGCUGUACCAGGGACUGUGCUUCCUUGCCAAGGAUUCAGAGUGGAGAUUGAAGUCUCAGUAUAAUUCGGUCUUUGUCCUCGUACCUUAUUCUUCUUCGUCUUCUUUGGGGGAUGAUGAAAACAACAAGAUAUCUGGACCUCAAAUAUUUGCGCAUAAAGUAAUAAGUGUGCAGUGUUACACCUGA